AUGACUAAAGAUAACGGAGAAGAUCCAAAGCCUGGAACUAGGAUGGAACGCAUUCAGCAAGGAGUCCGGAAACGUACACUUUUGGCAAAAAAAAAAGUGCAGAGCAUAACAAAGGACGAUGUUAAGAGUUAUUUAAUGAGGAAUGCCUUUGUGCUCUUCACCGUCAUUGCUGUGAUUCUUGGUAUAAUCCUUGGAUUUUCUCUUCGAUCAUAUAAGAUGAACUAUCGGGAAGUCAAGUACUUUUCGUUUCCAGGAGAACUACUCAUGAGAAUGCUGCAAAUGCUGGUCCUGCCACUGAUUGUAUCCAGUUUAGUCACAGGAAUUGCUGCCCUGGAUAGUAAAGCAUCAGGGAAGAUGGGAAUCCGAGCAGUAGUCUACUACAUGAGUACUACGAUCAUUGCUGUAGUGAUUGGUAUAAUCAUUGUGGUCAUCAUCCACCCUGGGAAAGGUACUAAAGAAAACAUGCACAGAGAAGGCAAAAUUGUGCAAGUGACAGCAGCAGACGCUUUUCUUGAUUUAAUCAGAAAUAUGUUCCCUCCAAAUCUGGUGGAAGCUUGCUUUAAACAGUUCAAAACUAACUAUGAAAAGAGAAAGUUUAAAGUAGCUAUUCCACCGAAUGACACAUCCACAGUGACUUCCAUAGUAAGCAAUGUGUCAGAAGCAAUGGAAGCCCUCACCCGAAUGAAAGAGGAAAUAGUUCCUAUUCCAGGUUCUGUAAAUGGAGUGAAUGCCCUUGGAUUGGUGGUUUUCUCAAUAAGCUUUGGCCUGGUGAUUGGAAGCAUGAGGGAGCAAGGUCAGGCAUUGAAAGACUUCUUUGAUAGCCUUAAUGAGGCUAUCAUGAGAUUGGUAGCUCUAAUCAUGUGGUAUGCUCCUAUUGGAAUUCUCUUCUUGAUUGCUGGAAAAAUUGUUGAGAUGGAAGAUAUGGGUGUGAUCGGUGGUCAGCUUGCCAUGUAUACUGUAACAGUUAUCAUUGGUUUGCUAAUUCAUGCUGUCAUUGUCCUACCUCUUCUCUACUUUGCAAUCACUCGUAAGAACCCAUGGGUAUUUAUUGGAGGCUUAAUCCAGGCAUUAGUCACAGCUUUGGGAACUUCUUCCAGUUCUGCAACACUACCUGUUACAUUUAAGUGUCUAGAAGAAAUAAAUGGAGUGGACAAACGAGUUACAAGAUUUGUACUCCCAGUUGGUGCUACAAUUAAUAUGGAUGGAACUGCUUUAUAUGAGGCUUUGGCUGCAAUUUUCAUUGCACAGGUUAACAACUUUGAUCUGAACUUUGGGCAGAUUAUCACAAUCAGCAUCACAGCUACAGCUGCCAGUAUUGGAGCUGCAGGCAUUCCUCAAGCUGGACUGGUCACCAUGGUCAUUGUGCUGACAUCAGUAGGUUUGCCUACUGAUGAUAUCACUCUUAUCAUUGCAGUGGACUGGUUCUUGGAUCGUCUCCGAACCACUACCAAUGUCCUGGGAGAUUCCAUUGGAGCAGGAAUUGUUGAACAUUUAUCACGGCAUGAGUUGAAGAACAAGGAUGUUGAAAUGGGUAAUUCUGUGAUAGAGGAGAAUGAAAUGAAGAAACCAUACCAACUGAUCUCACAAGAAAAUGAGAAUGAGAAACCACUAGAUAGUGAAACCAAGAUGUAGGCUAGAGAAAGCGUGAGUUCAACACUACAAGUGUGGAAAAACACACUUUUUCCAGCCACUUUUAUCUUGAAUUUACCACGUUCAUUUAUUCCUUGAUUUCUCCCUUUGUGCUCGCACUGGAAAGAAUUAAUGAAAAUCUACUCCAAACUAGCAGUGAUCGUGGUAUAUGUUGGCUUCCCACUUAAAAAAAAUUUACCAGGCAACAACACCAGUCCUGCUAGACAUAUGCUAACUGGGGAUAAAAAAAGAGAUUGUGUAUAUGUUACUCAGUCCUGUGAAUCUUUUUUUUCUUUUUUUUUCUUUUUUUUUUUUAUGAACUGGAAAGUAAACAGAUAACAGAGCCUGAAAAUGGUUUUAUUUUUUUAAAUACCUGUUGCAAAAUUCUUAACAUCUAUAAAAACACAAUCAGUACUUCUAACUUGGUAACUGCAUCC